GUUAUGACGUUUAGUUUAUUCUAUUUAGUUAGGGUUUCAAUCGCAACGCGCUGCAAAGAAACUAAAGUACAUUGUACAACACUGUUUCAUAUGUCAAACAGGAACAGCAUAUGUCUGAUAGCGUAAACAUUAAUUUUGUGGAUGCCGGUUCGCUAAUGCUAAGUGUAAUUCUUAUUUACAAUAUUUUUCUAAUUUAUUGAUAUAAUCAGUUAAAAUGAAUUCGCUAAAAAUAAAAAAAAUAUAUAAUUGUGUACUAUCGCAAGUAUUUUCAACAUCUGGACAAUUUCUUUUUGUUGGCAAUCGCUUUGGCGAUAUUUUUGUACUGGAUAUACAAAAGCUGGAACAAACUAAUUUAACCAAUAAACCAGCCGAAGAUGCAGAUGUCGAUAUGAAGACGUUUCCUCAAGGUCAAGGGCGGGAUAUCAACAGUCUUUGUUUCCAUAACAACUUUUUAAUAAUUGGCACUAUUGGCAAUUUUUAUGGUCUAAAAUGGCACGAAGAACAACGCCAUUUAAGUAGUAAACCUCACUGGGAGGUACGUAUUCCCAUGGAUGCAGAUGCAACCGAAGUCCCAGAUGUUAAUUACAUGUGGAUACGACCAGAGACAAAUACGCUUUAUGCUGGUUGUGGUGAUAAUGUUGUGUACCAAAUUAGUUUGGAAGACGGCAGAGUUGUGCGUGAUUAUCGUGGACAUUCCGAUUUUAUACAUUCUGUAAGCGGUUGUGGUGUAAAUACGAUUGUUUCUGGUUCUGAAGAUGGCACUGUCUGCUUAUGGAACGAAAAUGAAAAAUUAUCUACAGGAAAAAUAAUUCCAGCUGAAAACACUGAAUUAAAACGACCAGAAUUUGGUAACUGGAUUGGUGCCGUUGAUGCUAAUAACGAUUGGGUAAUUUGUGGUGGUGGACCAAGGUGCGCUAUUUGGCAUUUACGUUCGAUGAAUACAACUGGCAGUUACUCAUUUCCUGGCAAAGUUCAUUUAUGUUAUUUUGUGAAAGAUAAAGUAUUAAUUGGUGGCGAACACUACCAAGUCCAAUUUUAUCAAUGGAACGGUAACGAAGAAGCAAGCGUUACUGUUGAAAAUAUUGCUUCAUAUACAGCAGUUUGGCAUUCUAAUCCAUAUAAGUUCAUGUCAGUGGCAGGUUUCAGUAAUAAAUUACAUAUAGUAAAAGACUUUCUAUUGGAUUGUAAAAUCGACUUAUAUGGCAAUGUAAAAGAGGAGCAGUCAACAAAGGAUGAAUUCGCUUUUUAAAAAUAAAUAAUUUGAUUUUAUUUCAAUGUUACUUUAAGAUUUAUUUUCGUUAAUCUAAAUAUUUUUGUAAUUAAAAUAUUUAUAAGCAUUAGAUAGUUAUUUAUAAAAAUCUGUAA